AGAUUCCAGAAACAAAUUAAUAUGGAAAAAGAUCACUCUCUUCUACGUUAAUCACUCUCUCUCCUCAUUCAACAGAUUCUCUCUCUUCAACAAAAAUUCUGCCCCAUUACUUCUCAUAUUCCCAAAAUCAGCCCCCUAUACUAUCCCCUUCGGCUCGGGCAGGCCCUCCCCUGUUCCUCUGUUUCAAUAAUCCGCAGGAAGCAUAAGAGGGUACUGCAGUUUUGCUUGGAUCCGAUCUGGGUUUUUACAAUUUCAUUUAAUAGUGGUAGAACGGGAAAAUGGGAAUAGUGUUUACGCGGCUGUUCUCCUCGCUGUUUGGGAACAAGGAAGCUCGAAUCCUAGUUCUGGGCCUUGACAAUGCCGGAAAAACCACCAUUCUUUAUCGACUUCAGAUGGGUGAAGUAGUAUCCACUAUUCCGACGAUUGGGUUCAAUGUGGAAACAAUGCAGUACAACAACAUAAAGUUUCAAGUUUGGGAUCUAGGUGGACAGACUAGCAUCAGGCCAUACUGGAGGUGCUACUUUCCUAAUACUCAAGCCAUAAUAUAUGUUGUUGAUUCAAGUGACACGGAUAGGCUGGUGGUUGCCAAAGAAGAAUUUCAUGCAAUAUUGGAGGAGGAAGAGCUCAAAGGUGCUGUUGUCCUCUUAUUUGCAAACAAACAGGAUCUUCCUGGGGCACUUGAUGAUGCAGCAAUAACCGAGGCCUUAGAGUUGCACAGGAUUAAGAACCGUCAAUGGGCCAUUUUUAAAACUUCUGCUAUAAAAGGAGAAGGCCUCUUUGAGGGCUUGGAUUGGUUGAGUAACACACUUAAAUCUGGAGGUGCCUAAAUUCUGGACAAGAACGAGAAGGGGACUAUAGUUGUCAACGCUGAUCAGGAAAUUUUGUGACCGUUACUAGUGUCAGUUUGUUUUGUGAUUCAUUAGGACUUCAUCGAUGGACAGAUAGCAGAUAGAAUUACACGGUGAGUUUAAUUAGGAUACGAUGUGAAUCAUUUCUCAGUUCGAUAUUCUUAGCGCCUUUGUCUACUUCAUAGUUGUCUCUUGAAUAUUAUUUUUUUUCAGAUAUAGAUAUCAUUGUUUUCUCUCCA